CGCCAUGGCAUGUUAUUAUAAUACACCCGGGAAUGGAUUUGCAUUGUCGCUUGUAGCGUAGUUGAAGCUAGCUGUGAAGUGUGAAUUAUGAAGACACAAUAUAAUUCAAAACCUCCUGCAGCGUCAACUUAAGCUAACGAUCCCAACAAGGAAAUGCCACACAUCUAAAAAGUUGAACUCCGUUUGUUGCCGUUUUGUUUUGUUUUACCACGAAACACGGCGAGGAGUUUUACAUUAACGUCAGAUGUGCUCUCUGCUUUCUCCAGGACAAAAAAUUGGCAGAUUACCACUAGGAGGAUGCUUGUACUUUACGUGAGCUGCUGAAGUUUCUGAGGGUGAGACAUGGAUGAAGUGAUCACUCUCAGCUCCGACAGUGAUAACGAUGACUCGGACGUGGAGAUCGUAGGCUCCUACAGCGAGAUCAAAAUCAAGACCGAUCCUCCACCCCUCACAGCGGUGCGGGUUGAUGUCGGUUACACAGGCAUCAAACUGCCAGCGCAUUAUAUAGAACUCACAGAUCCAAGAUGGACUCUUCCAGAACUGAAGCUGCGAAAAAGACAAUAUCCUGCUGCAGUGGCAGUGGUAGACUUGACUGAGAGCGAUUCAAAAGAUGGGACACAAGUGGUGAUUGAUGAUGUGCUACCAUGUGUAAAAGAAACUCAAAAUGAAAAUUCUACUUCGACUACUUCAAUCGAACUAGAUGUUAAUUUGCAGGAACGCUCUUCAGAAGACUCAACUGUCUCUCAGCCAGUACAGGAAGUAAGUAGUAACCUAACAGCAAAGCACGGGCGUUUGGAUUCGACUACUUCGAUCGAACUAGAUGUUAAUUUGCAGGAACGCUCUUCAGAAGACUCAACUGUCUCUCAGCCAGUACAGGAAGUAAGUAGUAACCUAACAGCAAAGCACGGGCGUUUGGAUUCGACUACUUCAAUCGAACUAGAUGUUAAUUUGCAGGAACGCUCUUCAGAAGACUCCACUGUCUCUCAGCCAGUACAGGAAGUAAGUAGUAACCUAACAGCAAAGCACGGGCGUUUGGAUUCGACUACUUCAAUCGAACUAGAUGUUAAUUUGCAGGAACGCUCUUCAGAAGACUCCACUGUCUCUCAGCCAGUACAGGAAGUAAGUAGUAACCUAACGGCAAAGCAUGGGCGUUUGGAUUGUGAACCACAACACCAAAAGGAGGACAGUAAAACACAUCAACUUCAAACAUCGACACCAAAUGUAAAAUUAGUACGAAUUCCUUUUCUUGAAACUCAUGUCACAGAACUGAAAAAAUCAACAUAUUCUGUCUAUGUAACCAAAGAUUGUACACAAAUGUCAUUGUGCCAUAGACAAAUGGACAAUAACACUUUACCACCAGAAUGCAUUCAUGACUUUAAGACUACCACAUCAAAUGGUCCUGACAUACAGCCUUCAGUGGAUGAGUCUGCUCCUGAGGUUGUUGAACCUCUUAUAGAAGUGAGACUACAAGAGAACAGUAAUGAAUUAAUAAGCACACAGUUACACAAUCAAAUAUCUUACUCUCUACAAAGCUCAGCAGACUUUCCCUGCAAGGAUAAAGAAAGGUCUGUCACAACCUUAAAGGAGCAAAACAGUCGAGAUGAUGAGAGGGGAGACCUUCGUCCAUCCACGCUCAUCCCGUCUCCAACACCAUGUGCCUCAUCUCAAGAUGAAGCACAGGGUUCCUUACAGAGUGAACUCCACUGCGCCGAUGUUUGCCCGCCUGCCGUUGAAUCAAGGACCGACCAGCUUGAACUGGACGGAGCAGAAUCUAGACAAGGCCACAUCUCUGAUCACUCAUCCUCUCACUCUCUUCCCAUUGAACUGGACCCCUCUCAGCCAUUCGAGCUUGAAAAUCCGCCCCACACAAGUCCUAUAUUUCAUAACCUCAAGAGCCCAGCUGAUCCAAUCCCUUCCUCUGAAGAUACACAAGCUGAAAAUACAUCUGAAAGGCAAUUUGGGGAGGGUAAUGCUGAUGAGGUCUCAAGCAGUUUUGACUUGCGCUGCAGCAUCUCUAGUGACCCUCCUCCGUCGGUGUCUAAAACUGAGGAUGUGGAUGAAGGCUCUGGGACUGGGACAUACAGGGGGGAUCUGGGGAUUGACAGUCCGGUGUCUCUCCUUUGGCAAGAUGGGAGUGAUGGAGAAGUGAAUGAGGAGAGCAGAUAUGACAUGGACUUCAGAGGGGCCAGUCGAGAGGACAGGCAUUAUGUGUGCCCAAUCACACUCAGGAAAAUGGCAGGAGCAACUCAAUCUCUGACUGACAAUGAAGACGAAGAAUUUGAAUCUCCAGAGGUGCUAUGCCGUCAGAGCCUGAGCCUAGUUUACAUUACAAUUGAUGAGAACUAUCCAGAGAGCACUUUGCAGCUCUUAUCUGACCUACUGGAGCCUGGUUAUUAUCCUCCCAAGGAUAUCAUCUCCCACCUGCUGCAUGGCAUUCUGCUGGACCCGCAGUGUCCUCGUCACCUCUGUCAGCAUGCCUUCAAUCUGCUGAUGAGGACACAGAGGCACCACAUGGCUGAUAAAAACACAGUUCCAUGGGACUGGGAGUUGUUGACCACAGUCAUGGCCAAUCAGGAGAAUACAACCAGACUUCGAUGGGAAGUUGUUCGCAUGCUCCUGGAGUACAUUGUGCAGAUCUUGGAGGACGACUUCCAGGCCAAACGUUCUAUGUCUUCUCUUCACCACUCGAUUGCCAAGGCAACAUUGUCAUGUGAUCAGCAGUUUCCACGAGUCAGGGAGGUCAUUAAGUGGCUGUUUUCUGCCAUUGUGAAAUCAACAGAACAUGGAGAGAGUAGAGAAGCAGCCAAAGACAAAGAUGAACAAAUCAGAAUGGUGUCCAUCCUUCAGAGGAUGCUGUCUCUGGCCCUUGAGGUCGACCGCUCUCCGGCUCUCAACUCUGUCAAGUUGUCCCAGGAGCUCUUCCAUAUGUUCAUCAGCAACACACCUUUACGAGCACACAGGAUGCUGUUGCUGGAGAGCCUGCAGAGCAAGCUGCUGAGAUGUAAGCUGUUGGAACAUCUGUUGGACUAUGCAUGCCCACUGAAAAUCUCUGUGCCCAUGUCACUAAGUCUGUUGCUUCACUUUCUGAAGAACUGCACUCUGACACCAGACCCAACGGAUGGUACUGAAAAGUGGCAGAAGUGGGAAGAGUUGAUCCACCUCCUUUGGAUGUUGCUACUCAGUUACAACAAAGCGAUGAAAGGUUAUCUAUGCAGUUCAGCCACUGAACAGAGAGGCAGUGCUGGCACCUUAGUCUACAAGCCGGACGACAUUGUAACAAAGCCAGCCAUUCGUGAAGCUGUGGAAUCCUUCUUGUCAAGAUCCCAGGCUGACAUCGGCCAAGCCUUACCUCUCCACAUGGAAGAGUCUCUCACUUAUCUACAAGACUACCUGCUAGAUGUCUCUCAGUGUUGACUUAAUAAACAACAACAUUGUGCUUAUGUUAUUCGAGGAAUAAUAAAUAAAUGUAUAUUUAUUUAAUAUUUAUAUUUAUGCUUUUUGUGUGUUUUUUACUUUGCAAAAGAAAAAUAUUUUUAAUGGUGUGUUUCUUUUUUGUCUGUCUCUAAUGACUGUGUGUAUGUUUGUGUACUUUAAUUUUAUAUGUCUGUUGUGGCACUAGGUCACCAGCUAUUUGAGAAAUUUACGAAGCUUUUAGUACAUUUCAAUGAAUUGUUCACAUUGUUGAGUUGAGUUUUGUUGUUACAUGUGCUGUUAAAAGAUGUGUCCAUUUUUUCCUGUUUUUCCAAUUCAGUAAUGUUUUUAAAUAAAGGUCUU